AUGGCUCGAAUCACAUCCGUCGGCAUGGGCCGCAAGAAGUUUGUCGCUUCAGCCGCUGAAGAGGCUCAAGCCAAGACCGCCACUGACCCUCAACAACAACAAGUCGAGAAAGCAGACAAGCCCGCGAACGCCGAGUCUUCUUCCAAGCCCAAGCCCAAGGCUGGAGGGACUGAACCUGCUGCCAAGAAGAAGAGGCGCGGAAGGGAGAGGACAAAGGACGAGACUGGCAAGAGGGUGGCUAUUGGGGAGAAGAAGGGGGCUGAUGAUGGCAAGAAGCCUUGGGGCCGGGAUGCUAAUGUUGCUCGCAAACUGGUGAUAGGACGCGCCAAUCUCUCUUCCAAACACGCCGAAGACAGGAUCAAACGACGUGCAGAGCAAAAGAACAUGAAUGUCACCUGUUUCGCCUGUCGAAGUAUGGGUCACGCCGCUCGAGAUUGCCCCAAUAUCUUGUUGGCGGCUACCACUGUCGGUGCACCUGUAGAGGGUCAGGAGAGCGAAGCGCCUCAGAACGAGGUCAAGAGCUCGAGACGGAAGGGCGGCAAGAAGGGCGGUGAUGUGACUACAGGCAAAUGUUACAGAUGCAACAGCACAGAACAUGGGCUCUUCCAAUGCACUGAACCCGUGGACCCCACAAACCCCACCCCCUUCGCCACCUGCUACAUCUGCCUCGCCUCCGGCCAUCUCGCCUCACUCUGCCCCAACAACACAAAAGGAGUGUACGUCAACGGCGGCGAGUGCAAAGUAUGCAAAUCUACCGCGCACCGGGCUAAAGACUGUCCUGAUGACAAGCGGGAAAAGGUCAAGGAUGAUGGAGAGCAGAGGAGGGGAAGGUUUGAUGUGGUGCUCGGUGUUGGCCAGGGGGCUGGAGCAGAUGAGGACGAUUUCAUGGUGGAAGCUCGUCAUCGUCCUGCGGAACGGCCUACCAAGAACAAGAGGCAUGCCCCGGCGAGAAAUAGCGAGAGACCUAUGAAGAGGAUGAGGGAAGUGGGAGAUGAGGGACCGGUGUACGCUGAACAGGGGGAGAUUGUACGACAGCCGGAUGAGGCGGUCCCUUUGACGGGCAGGAAGAAGGUCGAGGGUGUCAAGAAGGCCAAGGUGAAGGCUGUCGCUUUCUAG